GAUUCUUGCUUGCUUUCUGCCUCACCAUGAAAGAAGGUAAAUCUGUUAAAUUCAAUCAUCAACAGCAGCACCAGAAUGAUCACCUGUCCCCUUCCAAAUUCGCCAAAUUGUUUGAUCCUGAAGCUUCCUGGGACAAGUUUUGUUCUUUCAAAGAGGAUGAUCAAUUGGGAGACGUAUUGCAUUGGAUUAGACAAUUGCUUGGCCUUGCGUGUGGAUUCCUUUGGGGUGCCAUACCUUUAAUUGGAGGAAUAUGGUUUAUCCUUUUCUUAGUGAUGUCCACAGGGAUUACAUAUAGUUAUUAUGCAGUAAUAUUAAAGGUUGAUGAGGAAGAGUUUGGUGGUCAUGGAGCUCUUCUCCAAGAGGGGAUUUUUGCUUCUAUAACACUUUUCCUGCUUUCUUGGAUACUAGUUUACAGUUUAGCACACUUCUGAUUGGCUUGGCAUUAGAAGCUUUGCUAAUUUUUCCAACACGGUUGAAAGAUUUACUUGAUUACGUCACAGUUCAUAGUUGCCGGUGCAGUUA